AUGUCGUUCAUUGCUUCCUGCUGUGGCUAUGGCCGCAAACGCGGUGACGAUACCGAGCCUUUGCUCCCACGAUACGAAGAUGAUACCACUCGUCAAAGAGCUCUUCAUCAGAAGCUGCACUCAUACCAAAUGAUCAGGGCUCUCUCCAAGGGUUACAUGCCAUCAAAUGAACAGACCAUCAUCAACCUUCGCACCCUCCUCGCCUCAGACAUCCUAAACCCAAAUAACACUGAAUUGAGUGAUUCGGGCCGCAUCCUCAUUCGAAACUGUCGAACUUGGUUGAAGCUGUUCAUCGAGCUUCUAAGAAACAAGAACAACGAGGACCAGAUUCAGGAUUUUAUCUGGUAUCUCACAAAAUCAAGGAUUUCUCUCGAUGUCAAUGAUAUCGCUCACUCGGCCUCCAAGGUCAAGGCUAGAGCCGAUGCCCAAGCAACAUACGAGAGCUUCCGCACGGUCGGCAGCCUUCUCCUUACAAAUUCAGACUUCAGACUCUUCGUCAAUGAUGUGGCCACCGUGGGUAGAGAAGUCCUAGCUGACACUGCAUUUUCUCUGUCCGCAGCUGCCGAGAAGACCGGCAAACAGUUGGAGUUAUCCACCGAAGAAGAGAACGCUAUCAAAGAGCCUGGAGCUGAUGAGGGGUCACUGCCUUCCAAGCAAGAUCUCGAACAGGGUGCCGAGGAUACUGCCAAAAUCGUGGGUCAACAGGUUGCCCAGGUUGGGAAAGACACCCUCGAGAGUGCCAAGCAGAACUUCAGUGGUGCUCAGGCCGACACCCUGCUUCACAGACUCAAGCAGACCAUCAUACACUUGAGAAAGCGGACCGAUUAUCAAGACUCGGUGUCAACUAUUGCAAAGUUGAUUCAGCGAUACGCCGUGGCCUACUCCAGAGUUGCUGAUGUCGCUAUCGCAACGGCACAAGACGACGUUGAGCCCAACCCAGCGUUGGAAAGAGCUAUCCGUAAUUUUUGGGAGCUGUUAAGCAGCUUUGGAGACAAACAAGCCUGGGAAGAACUGGAGAAAGACUUCAACCAAGUGCUUAGCCAUGCUCAGUCUGAUCCACAAUUUGAGGAUUUCAUGGUCGAUAUUGGAAAUUCGGUUCAGAAAAUGUUGACCGAUCCCGAUUUCUUCGACAAUGCCGGAAAGAAGAUUGAUGAGUUGAAAGAGAAAUCAGCCAAGCUCGGUAACGAAACCACUUUCCGUGAUGACCUUGACAAAUUCUUCAAGCAAGCCCAACUUACAGUCUCUUCAGUCGUGGAGGACAAGGACGUCAAUGGUCUCCUGUUGACUACUCGCCGCAUCUACAGUACACUCUCACCGCCGAACAAGAUCACAAAUCCGGAUUUGAUCACCGAUUCGAUCCAUAUAUUCUUACCUUUGCUGAUCAGAAGCAUCCAGUACAUUCCCAUUCCUCGUGUCGAAGUUUCGGUCCCCGAGAUGGAUCUUCUCCUUGAGAAUUUGGUUCUUGAGCCCGGCCGUAAUGUCAACGCAACGUCUUUCUUGCCAUAUCGCCUUCUUGUAUCAACCAAAAAUGAUCUGGAAAUUCGCAAGGCCCAUUCUAAGAAGACCGUCUCGAACAUCACAUCACUCAUCACCGUCUCCGUAAACGGCCUGUCUGUCGCUGCAAAAGAUCUUGGCUUUUGGAUUCGAGGCCAUCCCGGUUUGAUCCGGUUUGCGGACGAAGGCAUCGCCUCGUUCUUUUUGGACGAGCGUGGCAUCGACAUUUCGAUCGACAUGGAAGUUGGCCGUGAACGCCUCGAGCAGAUUCUGAGCCUUAAAGGUGUAAGAGUCCACAUACACAAGCUCGACUAUAAGCUCCGCAAGAGUAAGCUCUCGUGGCUAGGUUGGCUGUUCAAACCCUUUUUGAAACAUCUCAUUCGCCGUUCGCUCGAGAAACAGAUUGCCGAGGGCAUCGUGUCCACGUUGCGCGCUGCAAAUCGGGAACUUGUCUUUGCACGUGAAAGACUACGAGCUACUCGUAUCGCAGAUCCACAAGAUGUUCUCACAUUUGCCAAGGCUGUCCUCGCGAGGUUGACUCCAGCAGAAGAUCCCGAUGUGUAUACCCGGGUGGGCGUCGACGCACCUAAACAAGGUGUUUUCAAGAACGUUUACACCCCUGGAAGUAUUGUCAAACUGUGGCAUGAGGAGGCUCUACGUGCUGAAGAAGCAGUCGAAGAUGGAGAGGAGCGUGGUGGUGGAUGGAGGAACGAUAUAUUCGACACACCAACUCUCUGA